AUGCUUGAUCUAGUUAACAUGAAAGGCUGUAUCAAGAAAGUCGUAAGCAGCGUGAGCUACAAGUGGGACGACUUGGCCCGUGAACUGGGGUUGGAACGUGGCGAGAUCGAAACAAUUCGACGUGACUCGCAAUAUCCUGGCCCUGACGACAAAUGCAGGGAAAUUCUUGAAAGGUGGCUAGAAAAGACGACGAGCACAGAUCCUUUACGAGACCUGAAGACGGCCCUGAUCGACAUUCGUGAGCGGCGGACAGCCCAGUCUUUAGAUAUAGGAGCGACUGCUACACCGACAGGUGCGAAGGUCUUCGUGUCCCAUGCCAGCGAAGACAAGGAGGAGUUCGUAGAGCCGCUUGUCCAGGAGCUCCUUCAACCCAACCGUCUGCAGAAGUCCGACGUCUUCUACGACAAACACAGCCUGAAACCCGGCGACGAUCUGUGGACGGAGAUCGAGGCAGCUCUCAGGAACCCGGCCUUGAAGUUGUUCGUGUUUGUUAUCAGUAGGCACGUGCUCAGUCAGAAGACGUGGCCCAAGUAUGAAUAUGAGUUGGCUCACGCCAGGGGAGUCCGGAUUUUCCCAAUCUGGCUUGUACGCGAAGAAGAUGAGGACUUUUCACAGAAAGUGUCUGAGUAUGACACGAUGAGGGGGCUUGAAAGGCUUCUCGCUGAGCGCGUCCAUGUGAAUGAGGUUGAGGAAAAGCUGCCAAGUAUCGCUGGUAAAAUCAUAGCACAGCCACAGCUACAGUGA